AUGGAAUACUGGAAAAGUAUUGGGUACAUUUGAUGUAGAGAGGAAAACUAGGCAGGGCACAUUUGACAGCUGAUAGCAAUUGCUAGCUACUAUGCUGUCAAAAAAAAGCUGCGCUCAAACCAUUUCUAUUAAAAAUGCACUUCACUGCAAACAAAACAAAUAAAUAAGGGCUGCUUAUUUUUUAUUACAUUUCGUAAUAGGUAAACUUGAAGUGAAUCGUUUAAUUUAAACUACACUACCCACAAUGCAGCUACAAACCACUACGUCAACACACAACGUCAAAAACGAGUGACAACAAGGAAGUGAAUGCUCAUGCUGCCUGAAUUUCUUGUAGUAAUCUUCUUAAACAGGGAGACAUUUGGUUUUAGGUUGAUCUUUUUUUAGGUUGAUCUGUCUGGUUCUCUGAGCAUGUUCUUGGCGAUCUACGAAGUGACAAUGGAAGCUAAAGCAGUGUGAAUCUAUGAACUUGUAGUAGUAGUAAUAGUAGUAGUAGAUCGGUUGGUCACUCACUCAUUCAUUCUUUAACGGAACAUUAUUCCCGUUUUUAUGAUCAAAAUCCGCAGACGUUACAUGCAGUCACCUCUUUUCACUUCCAAGUGAAUUAAAUCUACCCUGCUUGUCCUCAAGUAAACCCUCAGUUGUUCCUCGGUGUGGCUUUGGCACCCAAAAUGAGGAUGAUCACCUUCUUUGUGAUUGGGCUGACAGUCCACGUGGUCUUCUUCAUCUCUAUCUUUGAUAUCUACUUCACCUCUCCUCUGGUCCAUGGCAUGACACCCCACUCCACACCCCUGGAACCCCCUGCUUCCAGACUGGUGUUAGUGGUGGCCGAUGGUCUCAGAGCAGACAGUCUCUUCACCCUGCUCCCUAAUGGCUCAUCCAGGACACCAUACCUGAGGAGUAUAAUAGAGGACAAGGGGACCUGGGGUGUGUCACACACACGUGUGCCUACCGAGUCUCGGCCCGGUCACGUUGCUCUCAUUGCUGGCUUCUAUGAGGAUGUUAGUGCAGUUGCUAAAGGCUGGAAGGAAAAUCCUGUAGAAUUUGACUCUGUGUUUAAUGAGAGCAGACACACCUGGUGCUGGGGCAGCCCUGAUAUCCUACCUAUGUUUGCCAAAGGCGCUAGUGGGGACCAUGUGUAUACCCACACAUACCCGGCAGUGGAGGAGGACUUUGCCUCCACAGAUGCAUCCAAGCUAGACAGCUGGGUGUUCACUCAAGUCAAAUCCUUCUUUAAGUCUGCACAGUCUAACUCCACUCUGAAGGCCAGCCUAUGGGAGGAUAAAAAUGUCUUCUUCCUGCAUCUGCUUGGAAUUGACACUAAUGGACAUGCUCACAGACCAAUGUCGCAAGAAUACCUAGACAAUAUUGGUCUAGUAGAUGCAGGUGUAGCUGAAGUGGUGUCUAUAAUAGAGGACUUCUUCGACAAUGAUGGCAGAACAGCCUAUGUGUUUACCUCUGACCACGGCAUGACAAACUGGGGUUCCCACGGUGCGGGCCAUCCUUCUGAAACGCUAACCCCUUUAGUGGCGUGGGGAGCUGGGGUUCAGAAAGCCAAGGGAGCCACAGAACCCCAACCAUACAAUGAUGGGUUCCUACAAGACUGGAAACUGGAGCAUCUUCGUAGAGUCGACGUCAGUCAGGCUGACAUUGCUCCGCUCAUGGCUUCCCUCGUUGGUGUGCCUAUUCCUGUUAACUCUGUUGGCGUGUUACCUCUUCUCUACCUCAACAACAGUGAGCGGUUCAUGGCUGAGAGCAUGUACACUAAUGCUAUUCAAGUACUGGAGCAGUUCAAGAUGAAAAUGAUGCAGAAAAAGGAGACAACCUUAUCUUUUCUCUUCACCCCAUACCAACUCCUGACUGAGUCAAAACAAGCAGAAUUCACCCAGAAGGCCCGAAUACUCAUUCAGCUGGAGAAGUACGAGGAUGCUAUCUCUUUGUGCCAGUCUCUGAUAUCUCGCUCUCUGGAAGGCUUGGUUUACUACCACACCUACGACCGAUUCUUCCUCGGUUGCAGUGUGGUGCUGGGAUUUGUAGGCUGGACCUCAUAUGUCGUCUUAGUCAUACUGAAGACUCACGCGAGUCUCAACAGACAUCCUAAUCUCACUAAACAGAUUCCUGGCCGUAACUUGGCAAGGCUGUGCACGUGUGUGGCAGUGGUGAUCACACUCUUCCUGCUUAUUCAAAGAAGCCCCAUAACCUACUACAUUUACUGCCUGCUGCCUAUCCCUGUGUGGUAUUCUGUUCUGAAAGAGUCUGGAACUCUGAGAGAUUUGAUUCAGACAGCCCCUUCUCUCCCACUGUGGAAAUGUCUGGGCUAUUUUGUGCUGGUGGCGUUUGGGAUUGAGCUGCUGGUGGUGAGCUUCUUCCAUCGCGCCAUGCUGACUGUAGGGCUGGCUGUUCUCUCUCUCUGGCCCUUCUUGUCGGGGCUUUUUGGCAAGGCUAAGUCACGCUCACUGAGCUGGCUUGUGGGCUGUCUGUGUCUAGCUGCUUUCCCCCUCAUGCCUGUUGUGGGUAGAGAACCUAACAUACAUCUGGUUACCUGUGCAGGUCUGCUCGCUCUUUUCACCUCAGCUUGCUACCUCUGGUCAUCUCGACGGAGGACACCGCUGCACCUCGGUGACAGACCACAGUUUGUCAUACAGAUGCUCCUUGUUGCUGUGUGUGCAUACGUGCCAUCCCUCACACACUCCAGCCUGCAACAGAAACAGGGCCUACCCCUUCUUAAUCAGAUCAUAAGUUGGAGCACAUUAGCAUCUUCUAUAUUUGUUCCUUUGCUGAGCUCAACACGACUUUUUCAUCGACUCCUCAGCAUAUUCUUGUCUCUCACUUCCACCUACCUGCUGCUUAGCACUGGGUCAGAGGCUUUGUUCCCCCCUGUGUUAUCCUGGUUAAUGUUUGUGUGGAUUAACAUCGAACAGGAAGCCUUGCUUGCUCAGGGCAUGUCUGGUAGGCAAGAGUUAUCCACCAUCGAUUUCUCUGCAAACAUCGACAUCACCAAGAUUCGACAGCUGAAGCUGGAUGACAUCCGAAGGUCCUAUUUUUUUGUAUUUUUUAUAAUAACAGCAUUUUUUGGCACAGGAAACAUUGCGUCCAUAAACAGUUUUGACCCAGCAUCUGUUUAUUGUUUCCUCACUGUUUUCAACCCUUUCAUAAUGGGAGGGUUGAUGAUGUGGAAGGUUAUCAUUCCAUUCAUCAUAGUUAUGUGUACAUUUGAGACCAUCCAAGUUGCAACACAGCUAUCAUCAAGGAGUUUGUUCCUCAUCGUCCUGGUUAUCUCUGACUUGAUGGCUCUGCAUUUUUUCUUCAUGGUGCAGGACUAUGGCAGCUGGUUGGACAUUGGCACAAGCAUUAGUCACUAUGUGAUAGUGAUGUCAAUGACGAUCUUUCUCAUGUUGCUGAGUGUGGUUACACAUGUUCUCACUUCACAAAGACUCGUCCUGUGGAGGCAACGCAAGAUGCACUUCCCCUAGUAAAUGUUACCAUGUGUCUUAAACACGAUAUUUAUCAGUGUACCUAUUUAACUGUCUUAUUUCAGAUAUGUUUUAUGUUUUGUCAUAUUGUUUUAAUUUUUUUAAUAGACAAAAUGGAAAAUAAUCUUAGGAACCUAAAUAAUGCGAUACUUUUUUUGCAGAGUGGCCUAAGACCUUUGCACAGUACUGUGUUGUGUUCUUUGGUACAAAUGCACUCAGUCUUAGUUUCAUUUGUGAAUUUGUAAUAGGCUGCUGCAAAUAUGACUGUGAAUUGGGUUUUUGAUGAGGGUGUUGAUUUGCAACAUAAUACAAUGGGACUGUACCUCAGUAAGAAAAAACUUUGGCCACAUGUUGCUUGUCACAUUUAAAUAUUUUACUCUGUACAUGUUUCUCUGAAAGGGUUGAAUCGUGUAAACAAAUGAGGAAAAGCAUUAGUAAUGAUAAUUGAUUUAUGAAACGCAUGCAAAAAGCAAACAAAUGCUUUUGUGUGUGUUAUUCUGCUUUUUCAUGAUUUCAUGCUGCUACGAUAAAUGGUCUGGUGAAAGUAUGUAACAUGAGACUUCAUAACGCUGCCUAAAAUGUAUGUUUCUUUAGUGUGAAAAGGGAUGUUUUAACUUAUUUUGACUACGUGUGUAUCAAUAAAACUGAAGGAUU